AUGGAGCCUGUCACUGUGGUCGGCUUAAUUGCCAGCAUCAUCCCGAUCAUUAAUGCUACUCAGAAGGCUAUCAAAUACCUCAACGAUGUAAAGGAUGCUCCUAAGGAUCGGGCGAUGCUUGCCCGGGAGGCUACCAAUCAAUUAGCGCUUCUUACGGAUUUGAGAUACAGGGUAGAAGAGGCGAAGUCGACGGAGCCCUGGUUCACUGGAGUUCGUUCGCUCGGUUCAGAAGGGGGACCAUUGACGCAAUUUCAAGAGGCCAUGGAGAAGCUGGCAAUGAAACUGAAACCCGAGAGCGGACUGAGAAAGCUUGGAAAGACACUGGUUUGGACCCUUGAUAAGAAUGACAUUCAUCACGUACUGUCCAAAAUCGAGCGACUAAAGACGCUGGUCGGUUUUGCUCUACAGGAUGAUCAAUUUAAAUUGUCUCUGGCAAUCAAAGACGAUCUCACCGAUGUGAAAGACCACAUGCUCGAGAGUAAAAAGGGCAUCACCAAGCUGAAACAAAGACAUGAAGACCUUGAGUACAAGGAGAUCAUGGCCUGGAUAUCAAGUCUAAACUUUUCCAGCAAACAGAAUGACUUUUUCAGUCGACGCCAGGAAGGAACAGGGGAAUGGCUAUUGGGAGACGGCUCAUUCCAGAAGUGGUUACAUGCGGACCGGGGAGUUCUGUGGUGUCCUGGGCUCCCGGGCGCCGGCAAGACUAUUCUCGCAUCAAUUGUCGUAGACUACCUCAAUCAGCGCUUUGAACGAGAGAAUGUCGCUAUAGCAUACAUCUAUUGCAACUAUAAAGAACAGGAGGAUCAAACAGCCCCUAAUCUCAUUGCAAGCCUGUUCCAGCAGUUGAUUCGGAGAAAUCAUCCAAUAUCUGACGAAAUCCGAUCACUCUGCAACCAGCAUAGGGAAGAGGGGACUCGUCCUACAGUUGGUGAAUGGUCCAAGUUGAUCCAAUCAGAAGUCAGCCGCCUUUCAGGGGUUUUCAUCAUUAUCGAUGCUCUCGAUGAGUGCCCUGAAAGUAAGGGCAUUCGAGAUAACUUUCUGGCCGAGAUCCGAAAACUGGAACAAAGUACACACCUCUUAGUUACGUCGAGGCAUAUCUCAUCCAUCGAGAGAGAGUUUGAGACGGCUUCACGCCUGGAAAUCCGUGCGACUGACGAAGACGUUAGAAGAUAUGUCGAAGGCCGGAUUAACAGUGAAGUCCGAUUGAAGCGCCACGUCAAUGCUGCUCCCGACUUAGGGUCGUCCAUUACAAGCACUGUUGUACAGAAAGCCAAGGGAAUGUUUCUGCUGGCCCAGCUACAUAUGGACUCUCUGGCAAAGAAACACAAUCGCAGGGAUGUUCGCGAUGCGUUAGAUAAACUGCCAAGAGAGCUAGACGAGACAUACCAUGAAGCUUUGCAGCGGGUUCGGAGCCAGGAUGAAGAAGAUGUCCGGUUGGCUGAACGAGUCUUAUACUGGAUAUCAUAUGUUUUCACGCCGCUAACUGUUCCACAAAUCCAGCACGCCCUGGCUGUACAAGCCGGAGAUCCAGACCUCGACGAAGACGCUUUUCCGGACGAGGAUCUUUUGGUUUCCGUGUGCGCUGGUUUGGUCACAGUGGAGCAAGGAAGCAACAUAAUCCGUUUGGUGCACUAUACUACUCAGGAAUACUUUGAACGAAUCCGAAGGACCCAGUUUCCGGAUGCUCAAAGGAAUAUCGCAAUAAGAGGAAAUGGAGUGCCGGUUGCACAGGUACCCUUCCUUAGGUACGUUGGCGUAUACUGGGGCGACCAUACUCGCGACGCGAUGGAACAGUCGGUCAAAGAUCUUACUUGGAACUUUCUUGGGCGUCCUAUACCAGUAAUUUGCUGCAACCAGGUCUUGCAUUUUGUAAAAUAUCAACAUUUUUACUCUGGCCACAGCGUCGCGAAGACGAGUAGAUGGUGCGCCGUUGCAACUUUCGGCCUAGUAGAAAUAGUGCAGUUGUUGCUGGAUGAGGGAAUCGACGUAGAUACAAAGGAAUACUCAGGAAUGACGCCACUGCACUUGGCAUCCCAGAGCGGACAGGAGGCAAUGGUACAAUUGCUGUUGGAGAAAGGGGUCAAUCCAGCCGAGAGAGAUUUCCACGAACAAACAGCUUUGCAUAUAGCAGUUCAGAAUGGGCACGAGGCAGUAGUGAAGUUGUUGCUCGAGAAUGGGGCAGAAGUUGACAUGAAGGAAGCGAAGAGUUUUCUCUAUUCACCGCCCUUGCAUUACGCGGUCUUUAGAAAACAUGAAGCUAUAAUGCGACUUUUGCUUGAGAAAGGGGCAGACACCAAUGCAAGAGAUUGGGAAGGGAACGCAGCAUUGCAUCAGGCGGCUCAAAGAGGAGAUGAAGUUAUAGUGCGACUAUUGCUUGAGAAAGGGGCAGACAUCAAUGCAAGAGAUAAGAAAGGGAACAGAGCAUUGCAUCAGGCGACUCGGAGAGGAGAUGAAGUUAUAGUGCGACUAUUACUUGAAAAAGGGGCAGAUAUCAAUGCAAGAGAUGGGGAAGGGGACACAGCAUUACAUAAAGCAGCAGGGUGGGGAUACAAGAUAAUGGUGAGAUUACUGCUAGAGAAGGGAGCUGAGGUUAAAGAGAAAGAUGGAAAUGGAAGAAGUGCACUGUAUUUAGCAGUUGCAUUUAAUCACGAGGCUGUGGUGAGAUUGUUAUUGGAACAUACUGGUGAGCAGUCAAAGUCUGAGAAGUGGCUGGCAACAGCACAACUUCGGAGUGCAGUUGACAGCGGAGAUAAGACAGCAAUACAAUUUUUGCUGGAGAAAGGAGCCGACAUCAAUAUGGUGUGUGUGCCUGCACACUCCUUACUGCACCUGGCUAUUGCGCGAGAGAAUAGGGCGGUAGUGGAGCUGCUGAUGGAGAACGGAAUUAAUAUCGCUGCAAUAGAUGAAGAAGGGAGAACAGCUCUCCAUUGGGCGGCAGCACGAGGGGUUGAGACCGUGGUACAGCUUCUACUAGAGAAUGGGGCCGACAUCACUGCGGAGGAUCAUCGCAAAAUGACAGCAUUACACUGGGCAGCAGAAGGAAAUUAUGAGCCGGUGGUGCGGCUGCUACUGAAAAAGGGGGCCAGUGCAAAUGCGGAGGAUGAAGUUGGACGUUCAGUGCUGAUCUCCGCGAUGAGAAGUCAUCCUACAGAAUAUUCAGAUGACUGGAUGAUACUUGGUGGAGUCAGAGAGAUCACUGAGAAGGCACGAAAGCCGGUAGUCGAAUUACUACUAGAAAAUGGAGCGGAGACAUCCGUGAAGACUAAGGAUGGCGAGACGGCGUUACAUUAUGCCAUGAGACUCCCUUUGAAUCAGCGAGCAGAAGUGGAAGUUGUGCAGCUGCUUCUUGAGAAAGAGAUUGAUAUCACUGCAAGGGAUAUCUUUGGAGAGACAGCCCUAUCUAUUGCGGCUGAGCAUAAUGAUGAAGCAGCGGUCCGGCUAUUACUUGAACAUGGGGCUGACGUCAAUACGAGGCAUUGGUUUGGAGAUGAAUUUGUUGGAGAGAUGACCCCCCUCCACCUAGCUGCGGACUGUGGAAGUGAGGCAGUAGUAAGACUCCUACUUGAAAAGGGAGCAGACAUCAAUGCGAAGGACGAGGUUGGAGAGGGAGCACUAGUGACAGCUGUUAGAGCGAGGAGGGAAGUGAUAGUAGAGUUAUUACUUGAAAAGGGAGCAGACAUUAAUGCGGUGAAAGAGUAUGGCAAGGGAGUACUAGCGACAGCUGUUAAAGCAGGGAAGGAAGUGAUAGUAGAGUUAUUACUUGAAAAGGGAGCAGACAUCAAUGCGGAGAAUGAGAAUGAAGAGGGAAUACUGGCGAUAGCUGCUAGAGCAGGGAAGGAAGUGAUAGCAGAGUUAUUACUUGAAAAGGGAGCAGACAUCAACACAAAACAUGGCUGUCGGGAAGGGACUGCGCUGCACCACGCGGCUUCUGAGGGUUGUGUGAAUAUGGCGCAGUAUCUGCUCAAGAGGGGGGCAGAUAUUAACGCGGAGGAUGAGGAUGGGCGCACGGCACUGGAUUGGGCAUCUGACGCAGGACAUGAAAUGAUGGUGCUCUUCCUUACUCCGCUGACUUCAAACUCGUAA